GGUUGAGCCCAGGUUUGAACUUGAAGGUACAGCGGACUGACGGAUUCACGACUUUUAAACUGUAGCGGAUUUUUCCGACCGUAACUAUUAACUUUUACACCUCCAAGUCACAAUAAGUUAUCGACAGCAGACCAUUUCAGAAAUGCCAAAUCAGAGAGAGGAGGCUUGUGGUGGCUCCCCCCCUGACCUUCCCUGUCUGGAAAAACUGGACUCACCUGCAGGGAGCCCACCUACUGCCUCAUUAUCCAGUCUGAUGGAGCUGGAAAAUUGUGUUUCCAACCUGAGCCUCGCACACGAGAUAGUAGUAAACCAAGACUUCUGCUUUGAACCCAAGAGCCCUCCUGCAGACAGCCUCGAGAGCAGAGUAACAGAGAUCGUUCACCAGGCCUUUUGGGAUUGUCUCCAGGAGCAGCUGAGCGGUGAUCCUCCAUGCUACAACCAUGCUGUCCUCCUGCUGCAAGAAGUUAAAACUAUGCUUCAAUCCCUGCUCCUGCCCCAUCACAUCAGACUGAGAGCUCAGCUGGACGAGGUGCUGGACAUGGAGCUGAUCCAGCAGGAGGUGGAUCACGGCGCUUUGGAUCUCCACAGGCUGGCUGGGUUUGUCAUCAGUCUCAUGGCCUCUCUGUGUGCUCCCGUGCGUGACCCAGAGGUCAGGGCACUGCGGGACCUCAGGGACCCUGUGGAACUGCUGAGGGAGAUCUUCCGUGUCUUAGGGCUCAUGAAGACAGACAUGGUUAAUUACACCAUUCAGAGCCUGAGGCCUCACCUGAUGCAACAGGCCGCUCAGUACGAGAGAGCCAAGUUCCAGCAGAUCCUGGAGAAGCAGCCAGAUUCUCUUGACAAUACCACCGCGUGGCUUCAGGCGGCAGCGUCACAAGAAGCGUCAGCCAGAGGAGGCCCGUCUGAUUCGCCCUCCGCUGGAGGUGGACGUCCUCUCAGCGCCACCGCUGUCCUCAACAGAGCCUACAUGCGUCUGCUCCGCUGGGAGCCGCAGGAGCAGAAAUAUCCCGAGACCGUGCUGAUGGACAGAGCCCGCCUGGACGCUUUAGGCCGGCGGCUCCGGACGCUGGUCCUGGAGGCGUCGGUGCUGCUCCUGACCAACGCUCACUGUGGGGGCGCCAUUUUCUCCCUGCAGGGGUUUGUAGGUAAACUCAGGCAGUCCGUCACUGCCCUGCUGGAGGGCAGUCACACCAGGGAGGCUGAGCUGAAGGAAGCUCUGUUGGGGCUCGGGGAGACGGUGCUGCAGCAGGUGGCUGAAGGUCUGAGCACCCAGGGGGGAGCAGCGCUGCCUCAGGAGAGCCGGGACCUGCUGAGGGGACAAAUAUCUGACCUGUGGAAGGAAAACCACCCUGUUCGCACUCUCAUAGGAGAAAGAGUACAGGGCUUCCUCCAGGCCAUGCUGCAGGGCGGCCCUGCUAAAAGGAGUCCAGAGCUGCCUUCUCCCCUCAGGCUGGUGAGUGCUGAGCUGGCAGAGCUGGGGACGGCCUUUGGGCGAAUUGUCCACUUCAACCGAACAGUCUUUGGGCCUUUCUACGCACCGAUCCUCAGAAAGCUGCUGUUCCAGCCAGGAGAGGUCGACACUGCCGAGGACUCGCGCUAAG